UGUUCCGGAGGCGCGGGCGGAGCUAGCGUUUCGGCGGCUGUAGCGUUACCCUCGCUUUAUUUUGACGGCUACCUGAAGGCCCUUUGCAGGAAGCCCUGCCAGGGACUGUGCAGGAUACGGGAACGACUGUGAAUCAACCUGUGUCUUUGAGGAGUUGAUCCAGUGGAAGAGUCCAACAUGAACACAUGUGACUACAGUAUGAGCUGCUCUCUGAACGUGUAUUCAGUGUGGGAGGUGUGACAUCCCCUGACAGUGCAUUGCGAUGCAAGGCAAUACAUGUCACAGAAUGUCCUUCCACCCAGGACGAGGGUGUCCCCGAGGGCGAGGAGGACAUGGAGCCAGACCCUCCGCACCGGCCUUCAGACCCCAAAACCUGCGGCUGCUUCAUCCUCAGCAGCCUCCUGUGCAGUAUCAGUAUGAACCGCCAAGUGCGCCUUCGACCAGCUUCUCCAACUCUCCAGCACCCAAUUUUCUGCCCCCGCGACCAGACUUUGUACCCUUCCCUCCACCCAUGCCUCCCUCAGCACAAGGCCCUCUGCCCCCGUGCCCUGUCAGGCCCCCUUUCCCCAGCCACCAGAUGAGGCACCCCUUCCCAGUGCCACCCUGCUUCCCACCCAUGCCCCCACCGAUGCCUUGUCCUAAUAACCCCCCAGUCCCCGGUGCGCCUCCUGGACAAGGCACGUUUCCCUUUAUGGUGCCCCCGCCUUCCAUGCCCCACCCUCCGCCCCCUCCAGUCCUGCCGCAGCAAGUGAAUUAUCAGUACCCGCCAGGGUACUCACACCACAAUUUUCCACCUCCUAAUUUCAACAGUUUCCAGAACAAUCCCAGUUCUUUCCAACCCAGUGCUACCAACAGCAGCAGCCCACAUUUUAGGCAUCUCCCUCCGUACCCACUGCCAAAGGCUCCCAGUGAGCGGAGGUCCCCAGAGAGGCUUAAGCACUAUGAUGAUCACCGGCACCGAGAUCACAGAGAUCACAGCCAUGGGCGAGGUGAGCGGCAUCGGUCCCUGGAUCGGCGCGAGCGGGGCCGCAGCCCAGACCGGAGGAGACCCGACAGCCGCUACCGCACGGAUUACGAGCGCGGCAGGACUCCGUCCCGCCACCGCAGCUACGAGCGCAGUAGAGAGCGGGAGCGAGAGAGACACAGGCACCGCGACAGCCGAAGAUCACCGUCUCUGGAGAGGCCCUACAAGAAGGAGUAUAAGCGGUCUGGAAGGAGUUAUGGUUUACCAGUUGUUCCUGAGCCUGCUGGAUGUACACCAGAAUUACCUGGGGAGAUUAUUAAAAAUACAGAUUCUUGGGCCCCACCCCUGGAGAUUGUGAAUCAUCGCUCCCCAAGCAGGGAGAAGAAGAGAGCUCGUUGGGAGGAGGAAAAAGACCGAUGGAGUGAUAGCCAGGGCUCGGGCAAAGAGAAGAACUAUACUUCAAUCAAGGAAAAAGAGCCAGAGGAAACACUGCCUGACAAAAAUGAGGAGGAAGAUGAGGAGCUUCUUAAACCCGUGUGGAUUCGCUGUACCCAUUCCGAGAAUUACUACUCCAGCGACCCCAUGGAUCAGGUGGGAGACUCUACUGUCGUUGGAACCAGCAGACUCCGAGACUUGUACGACAAAUUUGAGGAAGAGCUGGGGAGCCGCCAAGGCAAGGCCAAGGCAGCCAGGCCUCCCUGGGAACCUCCAAAGACGAGACUAGAUGAAGAUUCAGAGAGCUCCAGUGAAUCUGAGUGUGAGUCCGACGAGGACAGCACCUGUUCUAGCAGCUCAGACUCAGAGGUGUUUGACGUCAUUGCAGAGAUUAAACGCAAAAAGGCCCACCCAGACCGGCUUCACGAUGAACUUUGGUACAAUGACCCAGGCCAGAUGAAUGACGGGCCACUCUGCAAAUGCAGCGCAAAAGCACGGCGCACGGGAAUUCGGCACAGCAUUUAUCCUGGAGAAGAGGCCAUCAAGCCCUGUCGCCCUAUGACCAACAACGCUGGCCGACUCUUCCACUACCGGAUUACAGUCUCUCCUCCUACCAACUUUUUAACCGACAGGCCAACGGUGAUCGAAUAUGAUGAUCAUGAGUAUAUCUUUGAAGGAUUCUCUAUGUUUGCACAUGCCCCACUGACCAAUAUUCCCCUGUGUAAGGUAAUUAGAUUCAACAUAGACUACACGAUUCAUUUCAUUGAAGAGAUGAUGCCUGAGAAUUUUUGUGUGAAAGGGCUUGAACUCUUUUCACUGUUCUUAUUCAGAGAUAUUUUGGAAUUAUAUGACUGGAAUCUUAAAGGUCCGCUGUUUGAAGACAGUCCUCCCUGCUGCCCAAGAUUUCAUUUCAUGCCACGUUUCGUAAGAUUUCUUCCAGAUGGAGGUAAGGAAGUCUUAUCCAUGCACCAGAUUCUUCUGUACCUGCUACGGUGUAGCAAAGCCCUGGUGCCGGAGGAGGAGAUUGCCAAUAUGCUUCAGUGGGAGGAGCUCGAGUGGCAGAAAUACGCGGAAGAAUGCAAAGGCAUGAUCGUCACCAACCCCGGAACGAAACCGAGUUCUGUCCGCAUUGAUCAACUGGAUCGUGAGCAGUUCAACCCUGAUGUGAUUACUUUUCCAAUUAUUGUCCACUUUGGGAUACGCCCUGCACAGUUGAGUUAUGCAGGAGACCCACAGUACCAGAAACUGUGGAAGAGCUAUGUGAAACUCCGCCACCUCCUAGCAAACAGUCCCAAAGUUAAACAAACUGACAAGCAGAAGCUGGCACAGAGAGAGGAGGCACUCCAAAAGAUCCGACAGAAGAAUACAAUGAGGCGGGAAGUGACCGUGGAGCUCAGUAGCCAAGGAUUCUGGAAAACUGGCAUUCGUUCUGAUGUCUGUCAGCAUGCAAUGAUGCUGCCUGUUUUGACCCAUCAUAUACGCUACCACCAAUGCCUAAUGCACCUGGACAAGUUGAUAGGAUAUACUUUUCAAGAUCGUUGUCUGUUACAGCUGGCCAUGACUCAUCCUAGUCAUCAUUUAAAUUUUGGAAUGAAUCCUGAUCAUGCCAGGAAUUCUCUAUCUAACUGUGGAAUUCGGCAGCCCAAAUAUGGAGACAGAAAAGUUCAUCACAUGCACAUGCGGAAAAAAGGAAUUAACACCCUAAUAAAUAUUAUGUCACGCCUUGGCCAGGAUGACCCAACUCCUUCAAGAAUUAAUCACAAUGAACGGUUGGAGUUCCUGGGCGAUGCUGUUGUGGAGUUCCUGACCAGUGUCCAUUUGUACUACUUGUUUCCUAGUCUGGAGGAAGGAGGGUUGGCAACAUACCGGACUGCCAUAGUUCAGAACCAGCACCUUGCCAUGCUCGCUAAGAAACUUGAACUGGAUCGCUUUAUGCUGUAUGCGCAUGGCCCCGACCUUUGUAGAGAAUCAGACCUCCGACAUGCAAUGGCUAAUUGUUUUGAAGCACUGAUAGGAGCUGUUUACUUGGAGGGAACCCUGGAGGAGGCCAAGCAGUUGUUUGGACGCUUACUCUUCAAUGAUCCGGACCUGCGCGAAGUCUGGCUCAAUUACCCUCUCCACCCACUCCAACUACAAGAGCCAAAUACGGAUCGACAACUUAUUGAAACUUCUCCAGUUCUACAGAAACUUACUGAGUUUGAAGAAGCAAUUGGAGUAAUUUUUACUCAUGUCCGACUCCUGGCAAGGGCAUUCACUUUGAGAACUGUGGGAUUUAACCAUCUGACCCUAGGGCACAAUCAGAGGAUGGAAUUUCUAGGCGAUUCCAUAAUGCAGCUGGUAGCCACUGAGUACUUGUUCAUUCACUUCCCAGAUCACCAUGAAGGACACUUAACCUUGUUGCGAAGCUCUUUGGUGAAUAACAGAACUCAAGCCAAGGUGGCAGAGGAGCUGGGCAUGCAGGAAUAUGCCAUAACUAACGACAAAACCAAGCGGCCCGUGGCCCUGAGGACCAAGACCUUGGCAGACCUCUUGGAAUCAUUUAUUGCAGCGCUGUACAUUGAUAAGGAUUUGGAGUAUGUUCAUACUUUCAUGAAUGUCUGUUUCUUUCCACGAUUAAAAGAGUUCAUUUUGAAUCAGGAUUGGAAUGACCCCAAGUCGCAGCUGCAGCAGUGCUGUUUGACACUUAGGACAGAAGGAAAAGAGCCAGACAUUCCCCUGUACAAGACUCUGCAGACGGUGGGGCCGUCCCAUGCGAGAACCUACACCGUGGCUGUGUAUUUCAAAGGAGAAAGAAUAGGUUGUGGGAAAGGACCAAGCAUUCAGCAAGCGGAAAUGGGAGCGGCAAUGGAUGCACUUGAAAAAUAUAACUUUCCCCAGAUGGCCCAUCAGAAGCGGUUCAUUGAACGGAAAUACAGACAGGAGCUAAAAGAAAUGAGGUGGGAACGGGAGCAUCAGGAGCGAGAGCCAGAUGAGACUGAAGACAUCAAGAAGUGAGGGCACGGAGGCGGUGUGCGUGCCCUUGUGUAGAGACCGAGUGCUGGCCGUGGUCACCUGGCCUCGGGUUGCCUCCGACUGAGCCGUGUACGUGGAAAUGAAACACAGUCUGAAACCACUCCUGCCGGCUCACUGAUCUAUACUCUGUCUUUAGCUGGAUGAUCUUGAUUACGACUUGAUUUCUCCUCUUUUAAUGGAAAACUUCACUUUAGUAGAUGUGCAUUGUUCCUUUUUAACUUGCUCUUAAAACAAUAAAAUCCAAGAAAGUAUA